AUGAAAGCCAUGCUGCUCAACCCGACCGUCGCAUUGCGUCACACACAAAUGCGUGGGAGCUUGUGUCAUUGCUGCCCCCUCCAGGAAGAACAACAACAACAACAUCGAAGUCGGCUUUAUCAUUCCCUUAUUGAAAAGGUAGCGGCGUGGUGGGCGGCCACACUGCCGAGUGAGCUUCAGUUGCCUAAGGUUGUCUUCUUGGUGUGGCUCGUGGCAGGCGGAGAGGGGGGGGGGCGUGAAGUUUUUGAUCUCAGCGACAUUGUGGUGCGAGUGAAGCGCAUUGUUCCUGGCAGAGCGAAGCUGCCAGUGUGCAUGCGAAGCCGUCUGAAGAUGACGUUGAGGUCAGCUGUGUGUGCUCUCUCUCCCUCUGUGUGUGUGUGUGGACAUUGA